GCCUAACAUAACCUUCAACCACUUACCACACACAAAACAUUUGUGAUUGUUUAUAUUGACAUUUUUACAAUAAAAUAACAAUUAUUAAUAACUAAAAAGAAAUGGCUGGAAAAAAAUUAACUCAAGAUUAUUUGCGAAAAGCAAUGAAUGAUCACAAAAAAAAAUCAUCAACAGUUAAAAAAAUUGAUUCACCACUUGCAAAGUAUACAGAUGGUGGACAAUUAAUGUGUGUUGUAUGCAAAAUAAUUGUGAAAAGUGAAACAAUCUGGCCAAUUCAUUUAAAUUCAAAAAGUCACAAGGAAACAUUGUCAUUGACUAGAAAAAGUCUUGAAGAAAAGGAUAAAAAGAAUAAUGUAUCAUUCAAAAGACCAUGUUCACCAUUAAAUCAACUAAACUCAAAAAAAGUUAAAGGAAUAUUGAAAAAUCCUGGUCACUCAAGUACAUCAACACUUCCAUCAAAUUUUUUUGACAAUCCAAGUGGACAAAGUAGUUCUUCUGUUGUUCCAAUAACAAGUGGUCCAUCAAAAACUGAUUUACAUUCACAGAAUAAUAAUAAAAAUGUUAGAGAAGCUGAACAAGUUAAAGAAGCUGAAUCAAAUGCAUCAGCAACUCUUCCAGAAGGCUUUUUUGAUGAUCCAAUUCAAGAUGCAAAGGUAAGAAAUGUCGAAUAUAAGGAUCCACUUGAAGAAGAAUGGGAAAAAUAUAAAAAAGCAAUAAAAGAAGAAACAGCACAGUCUGCUCAAAUAAUUGCUGAUGAUCAAGAAGAAGCAAAUACUGAAAGAGAAAUGGAAGAAGUAGAAGAACAAAUACAUAAUUAUCAAAGGGUAGUGCAAAUGGAUAGACAAAAAUUAGAAUUUCAAAGAAGUAAAAAACAAACAAAUAAUAUUGAUGUUGACUCGUCGAGUGAUGAUGACAAUGAUGAUUAUGAUGAAUUUAUUGAUUGGAGAGCUAAAAGUUCAAAUAUUAAAAAAUAA